GUGCUGAGCUGCCGGUAGAGUGCGUCCCGGUCGCUCUUCUAUUCUUCUCACUGGAUACGUCUACUUUUCUUCCUGUUUUGGUGUGAUGGGUCCACGGUAACUGGCCGCAGGAAACAUGGGGAAAAGGAACUCUAAACUGAAACAAGACACCAUUGACCGGCUUAUGUCGGAUACAUACUUUUCGGAAAAGGAGAUACGUCAAUGGCACAAAGGCUUUUUGAAAGACUGUCCCAACGGUCUGCUGACAGAGCAGGGUUUCAUCAAAAUAUACAGACAAUUCUUCCCUCAGGGUGACCCAACAAAGUUCGCGUCUCUCGUGUUCCGAGUGUUCGAUGAAAACAAUGACGGGUCGAUAGAGUUUGAAGAAUUCAUCAGAGCGCUGUCCGUCACGUCGAGAGGGAACCUGGACGAAAAGUUACAUUGGGCAUUCCGCUUGUACGAUGUCGACAAUGAUGGUUUCAUCACCAGGGACGAGAUGUACAACAUCGUGGACGCGAUAUACCAGAUGGUGGGGCAGCAGCCGGCGGCGGAGGACGAAAACACGCCGCAAAAGAGGGUGGACAAGAUAUUCGAUCAGAUGGACAAGAACCAUGACGACCGGCUGACGCUGGAGGAGUUCCGGGAAGGAAGCAAGGCAGAUCCUCGGAUUGUUCAGGCACUGUCGCUGGGCAGCGACCGGUCCGAGCGGGACUCUUCCACUUCGACGGCGUAAAACUGACCGUGAACAGAAGGAUCUCAGGAGAGUUAUGUUAGGCGAUAUUCAAGACAGUGUGACGUUUCCGUGGGAGAAAAAUGCGCAAAGAAAGUUUUCUAAAAAUGUUUCAAUAUACGAAACAAGACAUGUGUUCAACUAAAAUGUACUAAAAAUUUACUAGCAUAAGCUUGUCUCAACAUCAUUAUCGACUGAGUAUUUCUAGUGCUCUAAAAUAUUUUGAAAACUGGUGUAACAUUCCUAAGUGUCAUUUUGGAGUUUUCAACUCAAAGCCUUGCUUGAGAAGAGUGGAAGACGAACUGGCAGACAAGACGCUGUGUGUUUCGCGUGCAUCGCGACCCGUGGAAUGUUGAUACUCGAGUAUGACAAUCCAUCUUACCAGUUAAAUGCUUACAGUUCACACAGUCGUUGUUAGUUUAUAUUAGUGUUCAGACGAAUCUCUAAAGGUUAUUACUGAUGUUCCAGAGCGAAAACCAAAUCUUUUUGGUUAAUUGUUGUUAUCUGGUAUAUCCAAAAGAUAUAUUUACACAUUUAUAGUUUAUUACCACCUACUAAAUCAUUGCCAAUUACUAAAUUACAGUGACAUUAUUAGUAAAUAAUAAAAAAUAAAUAAUUCAUAGCAAUGAAAACUUGCAAAAUUCUGAGUAUCCAGUCAGACAAUAGGUUGGUGUUUGGUUUUCGCUCCGUUCCAAACGACUUGCAGUAAAGAUUUUAUAAAACGUUGUUAUCAUUUGUGUACCAUACUAAGAUUGUUGUUUCUUUAAAUAUUUUUAUAUUAAUGUAAUAUCAUUGUAUUUGUAAAUUAAAUUUAUUCCGCAUUGUUAUAUCUGUAUAUAAGAUAUUGUAGCUUAUGCGAUCAAUUGUUGAUACAUCCACCAUAACCCCAUAGCACUCUCUAUCACAUCCACUGAGCUAUGUAUAUGUGCGUCCGUCCAACGCCAGACCCCACCAGCCUUCGGUGUACGAGUACUUGCUUCGGGGAACCGUUUUAUAAAUAAAUAGCCUUCCAAAAAUUAAUUUUUAUGUAAUAUUGUGUUGAUGUAGGUUCACUUUUCAAACUUAACGCUUUUGACAUUUGUUUGCUUGGUUUUCAAAUAAUUGAUAUUUGCUAUCACAACAUACGAUCGAAAAUUUAAAUUUUAUCAUUCUCACUCAUAGAAUGUAAAUUGUUAACAUAUUUUUUAACUCUGACAUACACUUUUUUACAUUAAAAAUAAUACGUUCAGAGAUUUUCGCUCGGCUAAGGAGUGUUUCAAAGUUUAACAUGCUAAUAUCGUUAUCGUCAGAACUAUUUUGAAAGUGAGAAAACUUAUAAGAACAUACAGUGAUUUAUAAAUCCGUUUAUUAUAUUUAUAGUUAUUAAUAUUUUAACUUUAUUUCUCCUCGCCUUCAAGGUUACUUUCUUGUUAUUAUUGUUUCGUAUUCAAUUAUAAUUAUAUACUGUAAUUACUUUUAUAAAUAAUACUUUGUUUCAGCAGAAACACUGGAAUACAAAUAAAUAAAUGGCUAGAAUGUAUUGGUUUCGUCUAAUGUCAUAGAAACCCUCUUUAUUGCUUGUAUUUUCAGGAAUCAUUGAAAGUAUAAAUUAACGUAGUACUUAAUACGUUAUCAGCAGUUACAAUUCUUGAAUGUUUUAAUUAGGUUUGAUUUUUAUUUGACUUCUUUAAAAGAAAAUCAGCUCUUUUUGAGUAGGAUCGUGCUUUCCGGAAGAGGAAAUAUUACAGUGGUUUUUUUACUCAAAGAGUCAAAAAAUAUUAUGUCUUAUCUAUCGUUGUAUCGUGUGAUAAUUCCAACAUUAUUCUCCGAACAAGUAGUCCUUUAUAUUUGUGUUGAUUCACGCUGAAAAAUAUGACUUUAAAACAAUAAAUACUUUCUAAUAAAUGCUGUAAAUGUCAUUCUAACUCUUGCUUCAGUCACUGUAAAAUUAGCGUACCGUUGAGAAGUAAACAUUAUUGUUUAAAUUUAAUUUAUUAUUAGUGAUUCGUCAUUGUUAUAGAACCUAAAUAUACAAAUAAGUAGGCCUUUAUUAUUAUCCCUUGUUAAUAAAUAAUUAAUUAAAUAAGUUAUUACUGGAUAGGCGUGCCUUGAGUUCUUUUAAUCAGCUACGUUUUAUAUAAGCAACUAUUAUUAGUCAGACUAAUGUUUAUACUUAUCUUACAAAAUUUAAAAUAAUAUCUCUAUAUAUUCAGCAACUUGGAAAAGACAUAAAUAAGUACAAAAUUUCCUGAAAUUGUUGAAACUUGUUCAUAGAGUUUUAUAACACUGUACAAGUUUUCAUAUUAAAAUAAAUAACUUCGUUGUUAUAAAUUUAAAUUACCUUUAACAAUAUUUUUAUAUGCACUUAUUUAGAUUGUGCUCUGUCAUAGGGUUGCUUACACAGGUUGUCAGCUAAGUAGUUGUAUCUCAUUAUUAUUACACAGUUUACUUGUGGUAAGCAAAUAAUAUGCAUUUUUAUAGUCAAGAAUAACCAUAUUUCGUAAUUUGUUAUCAAAUAGCUUUACCACUAUCUAAAGAAUAAGAAAGUGUCACAGUAAGAAUAUAUUUAAAAUACUGCAGUAAAAUAUUACGUCGUAAACAUAUGUUGUUUUAAAAUUAAUGUAAUACAAAUUUACUUUUCAUAACUUAUUUAUUGUAAAUUUGGGCUUUAAUGCUAACUCUAGUCAAAACAUAAUAAAAUUUAAUGAAAACACUUUUAAUUUAUUAUAUGUUACUAUUUAUUCUUAAACAUCUUACUACACCUAUAAAAUAUUAAGAUAACCCUUACACUGCCAAAACCCAGUGCUCAGAACUGGGAUACGAGUAAUUAAUAACAAAUGUGGCAGUGAAAGAGUUUAGUAUAAUUUUAAAAUUCAGAUUUUAUUAUUAAAUAGUCAAUAAAAAAGUGUGGAUCGACUUUAAGUGUGGUAUAAAAUAGCAACACAUAGGUACGCCUAUACUGGUCUUUCAGUGUUUUACACAUUUUGUAAUUGUAUGUUAAUAUGAGCUUAACGUGUGUGCUUAUUUUAAAUAAAUUUGAUUAUUAAAUAAUAAAGAAAAUUGAUAAAUAAAUACACAUUUUGCAUGCUAAACUUUAUAAAUGUUUGCUUAAACAUAUACUAAGGCAAUGGGAUUAUUUACACAGUGAUGACUGUAAUCAUAAGAAAGUUGCGAGGUUAGAGAUAACUGUUGUUGAUGUUGUUAUUGUUAAUGUUGGGGUUUUAAUACUUUAUCAGUUAUUGUCAACAAAUUUGGGCUGUAUAGUGUUUUGCAAAAUGUGUCAACAAUAAUAAACAAAUGCCUCAUUA